AUGGUCAUGCUCUACAAGACUGCACGACCCAUUCCAACCACAUCACCAACCCAAGACAUGAACAACAUGUCGUCCUUAACAGCCCAACUUCGGCGUCGCCCGAGCCCAGCCAUGGUACAAACAAAUGUCCAACCUCAGCACUCAAACUCGGUCCCCAUUUCUGCUAUAAGCGCCUCUUCUGUUGCCUCCUCCCGCCAGGCCUCGCCCGCCAUGUCGCCUGAUACCGCGGUCCUCACCACCAACUCCUCCCUCCAGGCUUCCCCGGAUGCCUCCCGCCCUCGGCCCGACGACGACAUCUGCCCUCCCAACUUUCAGCUGCCAGAGUCCAUCGUCUCUCGCAAGACGAGCGUCAACUCCUUAGCCCAGAGCUGGACCGGCAAUGCCAGCCCGCUAACCGAGAUGCCCAGCAACGGUCCUGCCUCGCCCAUUCCUACCCCUGCCAAGAGCAACCUCAUACGCCGCCUUUCCAGCCGCGCAUCCCGAAGUAUUACUAGCCGCAGGAGACAGUCCUCGGCGGCUCCUUCCGGCCGCGAUGGCAGUGUUGGCCCUUGCUUCUUGCGCAGGCGCUCGGACAGUAACACCGGCGCGCCUCCCGAAUUUGCUCCUGCACACACGGACUCCGAGUCCGACUUUGAUGACAGAGAUGAGUUUGGCUCCCUGCGCCACAACAACUUCAUGCUUGAUGGUAUCGUCCGUGAUGCACCGAAACCACCUACCCGCAAUACCACCUCGCCUGUUGGCGGUAGCUCAACCACAAUGGCCGGCCCAGUGAUUCCUCUGCAGCUUCAGCAAGGCAUCUGGCUUCGCAAGAUAUCAAAAAAGAGCCGCUCUAAGAGAAUACGUCUUCAAUACGAUCCAGACUCCAACAAGCUCGUCUGGGACAAGGCUCGGCCGCAAAAGUCGCUCCACGUGGACGAGAUCCGCGAGAUCCGCACUGGCUCUGACAUUCAGCAGUAUGGUCGUGACUUCAAGAUUCCCGAAUCUGAACGCUCCACCUGGUUCUCUAUUCUUUACUCUGUUCCUGAGCGCUCCAAGUCCAAGUUCAUGCAUCUAAUUGCUGAUGACAUCGAGGCUUGCAACAUUUGGACCACCUUUCUGCACGCCAUGCUGCGCCAUCGUCAAGAAGUCAUGACCUCCCUCAUGUCUUUCAACGAUAACGCCAUUGCUCAGUAUUGGCAGACCGAAAUGGCCAAGCAGCCUGACUUUGGGGGCGCUUACCAAGAGCUGGAUCUCGCUGGUGUCCUUCGUGUAUGCCAAAACCUUCACAUCUACUCUUCCCACGUCAUUGUUCAGGCAAACUUUCGCAUUGCUGACGCCCGCCGUGGUGAGCGUCUUAACUUUAGCGAGUUUCUCACGUUUGUUCGCCUCAUGAAGCAGCGCAAGGAUAUUCAACACAUAAUGCGCUGCCACUCAGCCAACCCUGAGCUUGGCAUGACCAUAGCCGAGUUCCUCGACUUCCUAAGUGAUGUACAGGAAGAGGAUGUGAUCGGUAAUCGCGCAACUUGGGAAAAAUCUUUUCUUCGACAUGCCCGCAAGUAUCGCUCUGAAGGCAUCCCGGAGGGGCUCGAGGAGGUCAUGUCUGAGGACGCUUUUGUCGCUUUUCUCAGCUCCAGGCAUAACGCGCCUGUCGCGGAUGAGCCCCAAGACUACACCCUCGAUCGCCCAAUGAACGAGUACUUCAUCUCCAGCUCCCACAACACAUAUCUCCUCGGCCGUCAGGUCGCUGGUAGGUCCAGCAUUGAAGGUUAUAUCUCCGCCCUUGUGCGUGGCUGCCGUUGCGUCGAGGUCGACUGCUGGGAUGGCCCAGAUGGCCAGCCCCAGGUUGUCCACGGCCGUACCCUCACCACCUCCAUCAGCUUCCAGGAGGUAAUGACCACCAUCAACAAGUACGCCUUUGUCAAGUCCAACUUUCCUUUGUGGAUCUCCCUUGAAGUGCACUGCAAUGCCGCGCAGCAGGCUAUCAUGGCCGAGACCAUCAAGGAGGCAUUCGGCUCUCGCCUCGUCACAGAGCCGCUGGACCCUUCUUCCAACAAGCUGCCUUCACCCUCGGAGCUGAUGGGGCGCAUUCUCAUCAAAGUCAAAGAGCCCCGAAUGCGCGACGAUACCAACAUGAACAGUACGGCUGUGAUUGCCCAGGCCACCCGCCGUGGUCGUGGAAACAGCGUUGGCUCCUCUAGCCAGCCAGUCCACAUCUCGCAAAGCCCCGCGCCCUAUAUUUCGCAGUCACUUCCCCAGAGUCCCCUUCUCGGCGGCUAUCCGCGACGAGUGGCAAGUAGCAGCCGUCGCAGGGUACAAACCAUCAACGAGGAGAUUCCUCCAAUGCGUGACUUGAGCAGCCACAGCGACACAGAGAGUGGUAGUGACACAAACUCUGGCAACCAAUCGGCUAACAAGACCAUCCCCGUGCUCGGUAAACUUGGGGUAUACUGCGCUGGUGUGAAAUUUCCUGGCUUUGACGCUCCGGCUGCUAAGAAAUUCAAUCAUAUCUUUUCCUUUAUGGAGUCGAGCUUCUCCAAGAAUUCGCGCUCCAAGGAGGACAAAAUGUCGCUCAACAUCCACAACAUGCGCUACCUCAUGCGCGUCUACCCUGAUGGCACCCGCCUUGCCUCGAGCAACUUUGAUCCGCUCAUAUAUUGGCGACGGGGUGUACAGAUGGCUGCUCUCAACUGGCAGACAUUCGACCUAGGCAUGCAACUUAACCGCGCCAUGUUUGACGGAGGCCAGGACUCGUCUGGCUACGUGCUUAAGCCCCAGGAGCUGCGUGACAUUCAGGUGCUCCCUUUCAACUCAGACAUUGCCCGCGGCAAAAAAGAGCGUUCGGUUGUGUCAUUCUCCAUCGACGUGCUCUCUGCGCAGCAGUUGAUGCGACCUGCCAAUCUCGCCGCCAGCAAGGCAAUGGACUUCUAUGUCGAAGUCGAAGUCUUCCACACCAAUGACAAGCGCGACAAGAAGGAGGAGUCCUUUGAGGGCGAGCGCGAGACAGACACGCCCCUCAAGUUUCAGACAGAAGUCAUCCGUGACAACGGGUUCUCGCCCAUGUUCAUGUCGGGUCAGUUCAAAUUCAAAGUCGUUACCAAGCACCCGGAGCUGGUCUUUGUGCGCUGGUCUGUGAAGCUGUCCAAUGAUGGCGAGAGCUACAGUACCAAGGACCGCCCGCCGAUCGCGAGCUAUACAGCCAAGCUAUGCAACCUCAAGAAAGGCUACCGCACGCUACCCCUUCUCAACCACGCAGGCGACCAGUAUCUGUUUUCGACGCUCUUCUGCCGUGUCACAAAGGACAACAUUGAAAAGACGCUGAUUGACGCGCCGCGUCCGCCGCCGGACGGGAGCAAGCUCAAUCGCCUAGGCGGCAAGGUCUUUGGGCGCAGCAACACGAGCCCACGCGGCACCAUCGAGAAGUCGAGCACGGAAAAGACGAGCUUUGAAAGCUUCAGCUAA